GGAAAGAGAAAAAGUGAAGGCUGCAGUAGAGCUAGAGAACGGUCCUAACACUAGACAGCUUGGGAACUUUAGAAGAAUAGGCAUUUUUACCUUUAAAAAACGGCUUUUCUAGUCGCUGUUAAGCUAGAGGGGGAAUAUGAGCAGUUUUAUACGUACUUAUAAUCUUUAUAGCUGUCAGUGCUGAGAGGGCAGGCUCUUUAAGAAGUGAAUAAUGAAUAAAAAGUUGAAGAGUCUGGUGAACCUGGUCGCGGUGCUGCUGUUCGUAACGCUCUGCUGUGGGGUUCAGGACGCUCGCGCUGCGGCAUGUCAUGGUUGUGGAUCGGGAUCAAAGUGUGACUGCAGUGGAGUAAAAGGAGAGAAGGGUGAAAGAGGUUUGCCAGGAUUGCAAGGUCAGCCAGGUGUACCAGGGUUUCCCGGACCAGAAGGACCAAUUGGGCCACGAGGACAGAAGGGUGAUGAUGGACCUGAUGGACCAACAGGACCUAAAGGAAUAAGAGGACCUCCUGGGCUGCCAGGAUUUCCAGGGACACCAGGAGUCCCAGGUAUUCCAGGACAAGAUGGCCCUCCAGGUCCAAAAGGAAUUGCAGGGUGUAACGGAACCAAGGGUGAGAGAGGAUUUCCAGGACUUCCAGGUUCUUCAGGUAUUCCUGGUCAGCCGGGUUCUCCUGGUUCGCCAGGCGAGAAGGGAGAUCCUGGUGAUGUGAUCCCUGUAGACCGGUUUGGAACACCAGGAAAUCCUGGAGAUCCAGGGCGACCAGGCUUUACAGGAACUCCAGGCUCUCCCGGGUUGCCUGGUCCGGUUGGUCCUGUUGGCCCGAGAGGAUACGAGGGUCCACCUGGUCCUCCUGGCCCACCGGGGCCUAAGGGCAAUAUGGGAUUGAACUUCCAGGGGCCAAAAGGAGAGAAGGGUGAACCUGGGUUAAAGGGGCCUCCAGGGCCACCAGGGCAAGUCGGCGAGUUCACAAGCCAAUUGGAUACAGUCGUUCAGCGAGGAGAGAAGGGUGAUCGUGGCCAACCUGGACCACCAGGAUUUGCUGGCCUUCCUGGACCAUCUGGUCCAUCUGGCGGUCAGAAAGGAGAGAAAGGAGAGCAAGGAGAACCUGGAAAGAGGGGCAAGCCUGGGAAAGAUGGGGACCCUGGUCCUCCAGGAAUUCCGGGUAUUAAAGGAGAUACUGGUUUACCUGGCAUUUCAGGAAGAGAUGGUGAAAGAGGUGAUAAAGGUGAGCGAGGACUUCCUGGACCUCCAGGCGUGGUGCUUGGAGAUUUGAAUGGGGGAAGAGAAGGACCGAAAGGAGAUCAAGGUUUCCCUGGAUCACCUGGAAGGAAAGGAGAAAGAGGACCACAAGGUAGCACAGGACCACCAGGUCAGCCAGGUCUUCCUGCAAUUGGAAAUCCUGGUAGGCUUGGCCCCCCUGGUUUCCCAGGAGAGAGAGGACAGAAAGGAGAUGAGGGACAGCCCGGAGUAUCUUUGCCAGGUCCACCUGGAAGACCUGGUUUGCCAGGCUUGCAGGGACAACCGGGACCUCCUGGACCCCCAGGACUAUCCAGUGGCGAGCCCUGCACCAGUGGUUCACCUGGCCUUCCAGGCCUCCAAGGGGACCGUGGUUUCCCAGGGGAGAGUGGUCAGAAAGGUAACAAAGGAGACACGUGUACAAAUUGUUUUUCAAAUGGAAAUCCCAUCCCAGGACCACAGGGUCCUCCUGGAAUCCCUGGACGACCAGGUGAUCCUGGUUUUCCUGGUACUAAAGGAGACAGAGGGUUCCCGGGCAGCCCAGGGCCUCUGGGGCCACCAGGUUUACCAGGAGCGCAGGGUUUACCUGGAGACCCUGGAGAGAAGGGUGAUCCUGGUGAUGCAAUCCAGCGUGACGGUAUGAAGGGACAGAAAGGCGAUUCAGGCUUCCCAGGAUCUCCAGGUCUGCCUGGGCCUCAAGGACGGCCUGGUCGGGAUGGAGAGCCAGGACUACCUGGUCCCAAAGGAGCACCUGGUUCCCUACAGUUGAAGGGUGAAAGAGGUCCCCCGGGUGAGCCCGGUCCUUUGGGUUCUCCAGGAGACAGAGGACCCCCUGGUGCCCCUGGAUUUGGACCACAGGGACCACCUGGACAAAAAGGAAUCCAGGGCGUGUCAGGAAGGUCAGGAGAUCCUGGACUACCAGGUCAGAAAGGUGAACCGGGCCAGUCUUUCUCUGAAAAAGGUGCAACCGGACCCCCAGGACGUGAUGGAGACCCUGGUCCACCAGGAAGUCCAGGAAACCCAGGUCUUUCUGGACAGCCAGGUUUUCCAGGAUUACCUGGAACAAAAGGAGAACCUGGUCUUCCAGGUAUUGGCUUGCCAGGACCACCAGGUACUAAAGGAUACCAAGGAAUUCCUGGAAAUCCUGGUAGCCCUGGGCUUCCCGGUCCACCAGGUGUGGAUGGACUACCCGGUCAGCCUGGAAUAAAUGGACUAAAGGGAGAACCUGGCUUUGGUGUUCCUGGCCCUCAGGGGCCCCCAGGUUUACAAGGCAGUAAAGGCCUACCCGGACCCAAAGGUGACCCUGGUUUCCCCGGGGGCCCUGGGAGCCCUGGCCGACCAGGUGCUGAUGGUCUUCCUGGAGCCAAAGGUGACCUUGGUCGUCCUGGUGCACAGGGCCCCCCAGGCCCUCCAGGCCAACCUGCUUAUGGUACACAGGGAAUUCCAGGACUCCCUGGACCUCCUGGCCCUAUUGGCCCUCCUGGCUUUCCUGGUGUCAACGGUCAGAAAGGAGAUAGUGGCCCUCCAGGUGUGGGUGUCCCAGGCUUUCCUGGCGACCAAGGACCUCCAGGUAUACCUGGAGCAAGUGGUCCCCCUGGGCCCCCUGGAAACCCUGGCAUUACUGGCCAAGAUGGACUACCUGGACUCCCUGGACAAAAAGGAGAUAUGGGUGUAAUGGGUGCUCCAGGUCCUUCUGGUGUCCCUGGCAGCCCUGGUGUCCCAGGAUUUCCUGGACCAAAAGGUGACGAUGGCCUCAUAGGGCGACCAGGCAACGCAGGUUCAGAAGGCGUGAAAGGAAGCAAAGGUGAACCAGGUUUACCAGGCCCACCUGGCCUCAGCAUUCCCCCUGCAAUGCUAAAAGGAGCGAAGGGAGACACAGGACCUCCAGGUCUUAGUGGUCUUCCAGGUGCGAAAGGUAUUUCUGGUGUCCCCGGAGACCCGGGACCCCCUGGAUUCGAUGGACGGCCUGGUUCACCUGGACCCCCAGGCCCCAAAGGAGACCCGGGAAUCCCAGGAGGACAAGGUGCCCCCGGUUCUCCUGGACUAAAAGGCAGUAUGGGAGAGAUGGGACUCCCUGGCCCUGCUGGACUUAAAGGAACCCCUGGUCUAUCUGGGCAGCCUGGACAACCUGGAUCUCCAGGAGCUCCAGGGUUCCCUGGUGUAAAGGGAGAGCCUGGCACUCCAGGAUUUGGACCACAAGGGCUUCCAGGGCCUAAGGGUGAUCCUGGCUCUCCUGGUUAUCCUGGUACCCCAGGGCAAAAAGGUCUUUCAGGAUCCCCAGGUCUUCCAGGAUUACCUGGUAAUUCUGGACCAAAGGGUGACCCCGGCAUCCCAGGAUUUCAAGGUACACCUGGUAGUCCUGGUCCUAAAGGCAUAGAUGGAGCCCCUGGUGCCCCUGGCCUGAAUGGAGCACCCGGUAGGCCGGGAGAGCCUGGCUCCCCUGGCUCACCUGGUUUCCCUGGAGAGAAGGGUCAAGCUGGUCGUGAUGGUAUUCCAGGACCUGCAGGAGUGAAGGGAGACCCAGGUCCUCCUGGUAUUGGAGGUACAGGUCCUCCUGGUUUCCCAGGGUUGCCAGGUCCCAAAGGAGAUCCAGGUUCACCUGGCCUACCUGGCGGCCCUGGUUAUCCAGGACCGAAGGGUGACCUAGGAUUCCCUGGUCCAGCAGGCGGUCCUGGCCUUCAAGGGCCACCCGGUCCUCCUGGUCUACCUAUGCAGGGACCUAAAGGUCUCUCAGGUCCUCCUGGUCAACCUGGAAGACCCGGUCCUCCUGGCUCAGAGGGUCCCCGUGGAAUUCCAGGAAGUGGAGGGCAGAAGGGUGAUAAAGGCUUUCCAGGAAUACCUGGAUCACCUGGCCUGCCUGGAGAGAAGGGAGAAACUGGAUUUCCAGGCUCACCGGGCUCUUCUGGUGCCCCUGGAGUUCCUGGAUUUAAGGGAGACAGUGGUCUUCCAGGCGUUCCUGGAUUCCCUGGACCUAAAGGUAUUUCCGGACCACCUGGAUCUUCUGGUCUUCCCGGUGACCCCGGUGACCCCGGUCCUCCAGGCCCUCCUGGAAACCCAGGAAUAGCUCCAGGGCCCUAUGUUGUGAAGGGUGAGCGAGGGCCGCCAGGUCCCCCUGGCCCCCCAGGAGUCCGGGGCCCAUUAGGACCACCAGGGUUAAAGGGUCUGUCAGGUCCGCCUGGAUCUCCUGGUGAGACUGGUCCUGAUGGAAUCCCAGGAUACAGUGGCCCCCCUGGAAAGAAAGGAGAUACAGGACCACCUGGACAGCCAGGAGAUCGAGGUUUCACAGGUCCUCCUGGUGCAGAUGGUCCUCAGGGUAUACCAGGCUCCCCAGGUCUAGGCUCGGCAGCACAUGGCUUUUUGAUCACACGUCACAGCCAGACUACAGAGGUACCGAGAUGCCCGUAUGGCACCACAAGCAUCUAUGAUGGCUAUUCUCUUCUGUAUGUGCAGGGCAACGAGAGGGCCCACGGCCAGGAUCUAGGUACUGCGGGAAGUUGUCUGAAACGUUUCAGCACCAUGCCUUUCAUGUUCUGCAACAUCAACAACGUGUGUAAUUUCGCCUCGCGAAACGACUAUUCCUAUUGGCUGUCCACUCCUCAGGCUAUGCCCAUGAGCAUGGCCCCCAUUAAAGGCGAAGCCAUUAAACCCUUCAUCAGCAGAUGUUCUGUAUGUGAAGCACCAGCCAUGGUGAUUGCAAUACAUAGUCAGACCAUCCAGGUGCCAAACUGUCCAGAAAACUGGGAAGAUCUGUGGAUUGGCUACUCCUUCAUGAUGCACACUAGUGCUGGUGCAGAGGGCUCUGGUCAGGCUCUGGCCUCUCCUGGUUCCUGUCUGGAAGAUUUCCGCUCUGCUCCCUUCAUUGAGUGCCAUGGCCACGGGACCUGCAACUACUAUGGCAACUCCUACAGCUUCUGGCUGGCCACUGUUGACACCAACGAAAUGUUCAGCAAGCCACAGUCAGAGACGCUGAAAGCAGGGAACCUCCAGACGCGUGUGAGCCGCUGUAUUGUGUGUAUGAAGAGGACGACGUAACAUAGCGAUGCUAAUGCUAAUGCUAUCGUGGGCCCCUCGCCAGGGAUCAGCCAUCAUCAUGGUGGUGACUGCAACAGUUACGUGGAGAAACAGGUGGAAUUCCAAUGGUGCAUUAUCUUCAAGUUCAACUCUAUGGUGCUACUGUGCAACACAGCAAAAAACUGAAAAAUAAAUAGUCUUUACUUUUUCUUUUUUUCUAAAGAAGUACCUCAAAAAGGAAAAAAAAUCCAGAAAGGUGCCAUGACGGAUGAGUGAUAAAAAGUGAAUUUUUUUCCUUUCUUUCAUAAGAGAUUUUUUCUUUAAAAGAAAUUCUUUUCCUCACAAGAUUUUUAUAUUAGUUUGCAAAAAAGAAAUAAUUUUUUUGGAGGGAAGUGCUCUUUUUUAUUUUCUUUCAAGGGUGGAAUUGUCUCCAUGUUACCAAAUCGGCACUUUGAACAUCAAAGAGAAAAAUGCACUGAACAGUUAGCGAGACUGCGUUUUUUAAUGCUUUCAUAUUUUUUUUUUCCAUCACUCUUUUCCUUUUCCCUCUUCUUGGUGGUACUAACACUGAAUAUCCAAGAAUUUCUAACUAUAGGCCUUUUAUCUGUUUUGUAAGUAAUAAAAUGUGUAUAUUGUGUAAAACAUCUUUUUAGUGUAAAACAUUAAGUGGUACUUUAUAAUGAAUUUCUGGGUUUUUUGGCUCGUGUUCAUUCACUUACACCAUCACUCACUCCUUCACAUGCUAGCUCGCACAUUUACUUACACAAAUAAUUCAUUGUACGAAGUAAACAUGCUUUGAAUUAAACAGUAUUUUAUUCGUAUAUAUAUAUAUAUAUAUAUAUAUAUAUAUAUAUAUAUAUUAAGAAUAUAUAAAUAUAUAUAUAUAUAUAUGUAACUUAAGCUUGAAGCUUGAAUUGGCUGUGUCAAUAAAUGAAUUCAUAUUUCAUUAUCAGGUAACUUUACAAACUACUGAUUUUUAGUGGACAUCCUUCCUCUUGAAAAUCCCCUAAGUUCCAGUUCAGAGGCCCACACUAACUGAGUAACUGAAUAAUCUAAUAAAGCAAACAUUAAUAUUCCAAUCCAGCUUGAGCUUUAUUUAAAUCUAAAUUCCUUUUGAAAUCAGUAGAGUAUUAAUAAAACGAGUUUGUUCAGUUUCUACUGGGUCUUAUGUCACCAUACGCCACAGUGUGGUUUAUAUUGUACAUAUGGCGAACAAGAGCAUUUGAGAGCCAAUGAUUCCUGUGACUGUUUUCAAAUCGUUUUGAAUUUAAGUCAUCAUAGGGUGCAAGAAUGUGUAUUUCAAAUUCUAUUUUUUAUGUUUAUUAUCCAGAAGUUGUUAUAAACUUUUAAGAGACUGAAAUAAAGAAAUCUAAGUCCACAUAUGUUUGUGUCAACAUAAACAUUUCUGCAGUAUUCAUUGUUGCCUUUUAUUAAAAACUCUGCAGUAUCUGCAAACAGCAUGGCCAAUAAAGUUUGUAUGUGUUGUAAUGUGGUAACUUGUAAGCGUUGCAUUUUGAUUGACUUUCUCUUAUUUAGUCGUUUUCACACAUGAAAGUCUGAACCAAAUCGGA